GAUUUUGACGUAUUAAAACUCGGCGAAGCAUCGCGAGCCCAGAGUUUUUCUUUUAAUACAAGCGAUGAAACUCCGCUUCUAGCCAAUCAGCAGCCGGAACAAGUGUGUCGUCAUCUCUACGCGGCCAAGUUAGCCCACUUCAAAACGGGAUAUGAAUUGUCACUCAACUGCUUGUUUUGGUUGAGGUUUCGGACGCGACUCGGAAAUAGCUAUUAAAGCAAGGAUCAUGUUACAUUUCUCUGCCUGCGACACUCAUUUUACUGUGAAGCUGUUGUCGCACCUUGUCGCUUCCGGUGGAUGCUAGGUUGACCUGCUAAAGGGAGCUAUAUUUGCUCAGCUUCAUCUCAACUUUGUUUCCUUACACACCUGCAUAAAGCGAGAGGCAGUGUGCCCGGUGAGCAUGGCGGACCGGGAGGAGCGUCGCUUCGCUGAGGUGUCGCGGGAGUCCGUCAAGUUAAUGGCCGAGAGUGCAGGCGUGGAACUCGGCGACGAUGUGGCGGCUUUGUUAGCAGAGGAUGUCUGUUACCGGUUAAGAGAGGCCACCCAGAGCAGCUCCCAGUUCAUGAGACAUGCCAAGAGGAGGAAGCUGACUGUUGAGGAUUUCAACAGAGCUCUUCGCUGGAGCAACGUGGAGGCCAUCUGUGGACAUGGGGCGCAGGACUCGCUGCCAUUUCGUUCGUUGAAGGAAGGAGAGCUUUUCUUUGUCGAAGAGCGAGAAAUUAAUUUAGUAGAAUUGGCUCUUGCAACAAACAUUCCCAAGGGGUGUGCUGAGACAAUGGUGCGAGUGAACGUGUCAUAUCUGGAUGGGAAAGGAAACCUGGAACCGCAAGGGACUGUUCCCACAGCAGUGCAGUCGCUGUCUGAGGAUGUAUUGAAGUACUACCAGCAGAUCACUCGAGCGAUACUCGGAGAUGACCCACACCUCAUGAAGGUGGCUCUGAUGGACCUCCAGUCUAAUUCCAAAAUUGCUGCCCUGCUGCCGUACUUUGUCUAUGUUAUCAGUGGAGUGAAGUCCGUCAGCCAUGAUCUGGAGCAGUUGAACCGCCUCCUCCACAUGGUCAAGAGCCUGGUGCAGAACCCAUAUCUCUACUUGGGCUCGUACGUCCGCAGCCUGGUGUCCAGCGUGAUGUACUGCAUCCUGGAGCCGCUGGCUGCAUCCAUCAACCCGCUCAACGACCACUGGACUCUGCGAGACUAUGCUGCUCUGCUCCUGAGCCACAUCUUCUGGACUCACGGUGAUCUGGUGAGCGGCCUCUACCACCAGAUCUUGCUGUCCCUACAGAAGGUUCUGUCUGACCCUGUGAGGCCACUGUGCUCCCACUAUGGAGCUGUGGUGGGUCUCCAUGCUUUAGGAUGGAAGGCCGUGGAGAGAGUUCUCUUCCCUCACCUUCCUGCCUACUGGGCCAACCUGCAGGCCGUGCUGGACGACUACUCGGUGUCCAACGCUCAGGUCAAAGCAGACGGACACAAAGUCUAUGGCGCCAUAUUGGUGGCAGUAGAGCGCUUGCUCAAGAUGAAGGCUCUGUCUCAGCCAGCAGAGGGCGCCUCCAGUACGACAGGUGGUUCAGCAGCAGCUCUGGGGUACCGGGUCAGCUCUCCAGGUCUCAGUCCUCCUCCUGAACCCUUGUCUGAGGCGGCUCUGGGCAUCGCCAGCCACCUGCAGGCUGGAGGGGCCGGCUGUCCUUGGGAGGAGUGGAGCCCCGUCCCCCUCCCUGCCAUGUACUGUGAACUCUAUUCCUUCUUUGGAGACAGUCUGGCAGUACGAUUCAGCACUGGUCCAGGUUUCGGUUGCAAUACCCCCUGCGCUGUGUCACAACCUGCUGACGUCAGGAAGGAGCAGCCUGGACCUGCCUCCAACCCCGAGACCACUAGGAAGAUGCCUCAGCUGACUGCCAACCUGAACAUCAGCCCACGGCAGGAUGGGAGUCCUCGCACUGACCCGCUCCCCCCGAGUCUGGCUGCGACUGGGCCAGGAAGGUCUUUGGCCCGCUCCUCUUCCUCCUCGUCUGUUCAGCGUUCCAGAACCUCCUCUUCACGCUCAGGCCCACGCUUGGCAGGUCCAUCCCGCAACGUCUUCCCCAAAGCCCGCUUCACAUCUCCUCAGUCCGGACCUCCUGCCUUCUCCUUCCUGAUCGGGGGUCGACAGAUGGGUCGGCGCUGCCAGGGUCGACGCCCCUUCCAGACCACCUUUACUCCCUCUCCUACACUUGCGGUACCACCGCGAGCAUAUGCGCAUAAACUGCCGGUGAUCGGACGAGUGAGUAAACCAGUGCGCAGCUGGACCUGCUCCCACUACUCUCUGUACCUCCCUCUGUGAUCCCAACUGGCUGGACUCUGUAGAUACUGUAGAUAUACCUUUGAUGGUGGACACAAUAAAACAGUUACUUUUUGGAUCUGUUUUCAUCUUCAUCUUCUUCAUCUUCAAUUUUAAAACUCUUCCUGUCAUUUGCUUUGUUUGAGAACAGACUCGGACUCAUCAUCGUAGCUCCUGAAGGUAUUCACAUUAAAAGAGUUUCACAAGAGCAACCAUGUCAUGUUUAGAGUGUCGGGUGGUAAAGCCCUGCCUCCCUCCAGG